AUGGAAUGGCAACCCCUGUAUCAUAACCAUUAUUCUAUGGCCAGAUCUUUGACCAAACACAGGUUUAAUAUAAGGCUGAUGUUGGGGGAGGGAAGCGUGAUGAGCUUUGUCUGUUUCCCUGCAGCACCAUGAGUCUGCGAGAGAUCAAUGAGAACGUGAAGCUGGCCCGUGAGUACGCCCUGCUGGGAAACUACAGCUCGGCCAGUGUUCUCUAUCAUGGAUUGCUAGAACAAAUCAAGAAGUAUGUGUACACCAAGCGGGACAGCAGUUAUCAGCAGCGAUGGCAGCAGUUAUGGCAAGAAAUCAGUGAAGAGAAUGGAAAAGUUCAGGACAUAAUGUCCACUCUGGAGAACUUCCAGCUGGACACAACACCUGCUAAACCCAGCAACCACGAAGACAGUGAAAUAAGGCCUGUGCAUGUGGAACAGCGACAUUCUCCAUGUCCUGUGAGGCGGCCAGGUAAUGCAAAUAAAGAAAGUAAAGCCCCCAACAACAGGCUGAGUGUGGCAGUGAGGGCCCAGCAGAGGCACUCCCCCCGCGGGGCCAACGGGGACAAAAGCAAACCUUCCAAGGGCAAAGAAAGGAAGGAGGUGAAGGAGGUGAAAGAGGGCAGAGCAAAGGAUGAUAAGAACAAAGCUGAUGUCCAGGAGAAAGAAGUGAAGAGGUUUGACGGAACAGGGUACGACAAAGACCUGGUGGAAUCUCUGGAUAGAGAUAUUAUAUCUCAGAAUCCCAAUGUGAAGUGGGACAACAUUGCAGACUUAGAAGAUGCAAAGAAACUUUUGAAAGAAGCGGUCGUGUUGCCGAUGUGGAUGCCAGCUUUUUUCAAAGGCAUACGAAGACCAUGGAAGGGAGUGCUUAUGGUGGGACCUCCUGGCACGGGGAAAACGCUUUUGGCUAAAGCUGUUGCUACAGAGUGCAGAACCACAUUUUUCAACGUCUCCUCAUCCACUCUCACCUCCAAGUACAGAGGGGAGUCUGAGAAGCUGGUUCGCCUUCUCUUUGAAAUGGCACGUUUCUACGCUCCCACUACGAUCUUCAUCGAUGAGAUUGACUCCAUGUGCAGCCGCAGAGGAACCUCAGAGGAACACGAGGCCAGCCGCAGAGUGAAGGCGGAGCUGCUGGUGCAGAUGGACGGUAACCUGACCACAACACAACCAUGAUAGGUUUACUACUGAUCAGAUAGCUACAGAUCAAUUCUUGAACCAGUAAACAGAAAACACACUGCCAAGUUGUUUUAGUUUAAUCUUCUUACCCUACUAAAUGUUAAGAAACAAUUGACCUGUAUUGAUGCUGCAGGAAAGUCUUUGAUGAAUGAAAAGGCAGGAAAUGCAGGGGCAGAGUCUUUCAACCAGACAUGAAGAGGCAGGACGUCCUCCACAGCACAGAGACCCUCUGUAGACUCAUUGUGAAGACAUGAUGAAGACUCAGACUCAUGAUG